AAACGGAUCAGAGCAAAAGAGCACCGUCACUCUCCUCCCCAAAAACGAUGUCGUUUUCACACCACCGGCGAUCUCAAUCGGAGGUACAUUUCCGGAUCCCCGACGACUUCGACCUCGAAGUGGAUCCAUUGGAAGUGCCUCCGCUCCAUUCCCAAGAUCCAGCCCCACACGAUGACCUUCUCUCUGCCUACGUCGAUUCCAACAAUAUCGAAUCCAUUUCCAAACCCGAACCCUCCUCCACCGCUCGCCACGGUCACCGUCGCAGUAAUUCCGACGAUGCCUCCUUAAUGGAGGGCAUUGAGGCCAAGAAGGCCAUGUCCCCCGAUAAACUCGCUGAAUUGUGGACCGUCGAUCCUAAACGAGCCAAGAGGAUUCUCGCCAACCGCCAAUCUGCCGCACGCUCUAAAGAGAGAAAAGCUUGUUAUGUGUUGGAGCUCGAAAGAAAAAUUCAAACUCUUCAAACAGAAGCCACCACUCUUUCUGCUCAAUUGAAUCUUUUCCAGAGAGACACAUCUGGUCUGACUACUGAAAAUACAGAGUUAAAGCUUAGGUUACAAACCAUGGAGCAACAAGCUAAGUUAUGUGACGUUCUAAAUGAAGCACUGAAGAAAGAAGUUGAAAGGCUCAGGAUUGCAACUGGAGAGAUAGUAAUUCAUGCAGAUAUGUAUGGUUCAGGAAUGCAUCAACAUCCAUAUUCUCAGGCUUCGUUCUUCUCACAUCACUCACAACAUGGGCUGAGCGAACAUCAGACCAUACAAAUGCCGCAGUUGCAUUCAUUCUCAUCUAAUGUGUCUACUUCCCAUGGGCCUCUGUUUGAUCUAGCCACUCCAUAUGAUUUGUCAGAAAUGUUAUCGAGUGAUUCUAUCGGCCAAUUUCAGGGGCUGGACAUAGGCCACAGGGUUUCUCAUGUUAUGAUGCCAGAUGGUCCAACAAUAUCUGUGAAUAAAAUCAACAAUGCCUGAUGCAAGUUUGACUGACCAACAUGUCACCACCGUUUAUUGGAGUGUCCAUAGACUGACAUGAGUGAUAAACUGAGAGCUAAAGGUAUCAUUUUUUGUUUCUCUAUUCAAUUCUUUAUUUGAUUAAA